CCUCAUGAAGCUGUCUCAGAGAAAAUGUGAACACCUCUCCUUUGCUCGAGUAAUUAACUUAAAUAUAUCCAUGUAAUAUCACGUCAAACGGGUGUCUCAAAUAGGGACCAACCUUCGUGUGAGAAAGGUUUAGGUGCGUUAUUCGAGUCAGAGACAAUAUGCAGAUGUAUCGCAUGACCUCCGAUGUAAGUCGUAGCACAAGCCCGGUAUACAGUUCUACAAUUAGGACACAUGUUACUAUGAAGCAGUCGGUUGACAUUACAACCUUUAUCUACUUACUUAUACUGUUCUACAACAUGAAUGACGGAUACUGUUCCACAGCUGAGCUUACCUGCCCUGACUUAGCCUACAUAGAGAAGUCUGCUCUAAUAAACUGCUUGACGUCGGAACCGUUCACAUCUCUACAAUACUUAGGGCCCGGUGAUUUCCUUGGUCCGCAGUGUUCAUCAACGUUGUGCAUAGAUGCAGAAGGAUACAAUGCAAGCGUCACCAACACAACCAGCAGUAGCCUCGGGAUUCUGAAUGUACAACCUCGUCAUGCAGGGCAGUGGAAAUGCAAUAUCCUCCAACAUGGUCCCAGUGCAUCUUGCACUCUCGUCAUUACAAAGACACCAAUUUGCAGCAUCACCAGUAAGGAGGACACUAAUGUACUUGCCCAGGAUCAGGAGCUGACACUCACAGUGGGCAUACAAGACUACUACUGUUCCACAGCCCUAAACUUCUCACUCCAGACCGGGAAUGUGACAACACUGCUGACGAAAGCUGACUCUGUAGCGAGUGUUACUCACAACACUUCUUCAGUAACCCUGAAUGUGACGGACUCCCACUUGGGGGUUGUAAGACUGGUGUUUAGCUGUCACCAUAAACAGACGAGCCUAACUUGUGAUGGCGUCAGUGAACUCAUGACUCAAACCUGCAGCAUAUCAAGUGACAAGGACACUGACAGACUUGGCCUGAAUGAAGAGCUGACUCUCUCAGUGGACAUUAUUGUCUACAACUGUCCUGUAGCAUCCAUCUUCACUCUACAGACAGGGAACGUCCAACACUUACUGAAUGUCAGUAGUGCCGGGACUGGCAUUGAUCGUGCAACACAAACCUUUCAUGUGACCAAAACACACCUCGGUGGUGUUAGGGUGAUGUUCAACUGUCAACAGAAACACUGGAAUCUGACCUGCGCUGGCAUAACGAAACUCAAAAACGUUGGACUAGCCACAGCGUCCACUAUAAUUAUAGCUGCCUGCGUUGUUGGUGCGAUAGUGUUUCUCAUCAUCGUCGUCAUCAUCAUCCUUUUUCUCGUCAAAAGAAAACAGCAGGUGACGGGAUCACCAGACACACAUACAUAUGAUAACGUGGAUGUAACCGUGGAAGGAAAACGAAGGGAGGCAGACAAAUAUCCUUCUUCUGAGGACACUGAGCACCAAGCUGAGGACAAUGCUGUAGUCGGCUUGGGAGGAUCUGCUGGUAAUUAUCAACAAGGAUCCGAACUGCGUAUUAACCCUGUGUACAUCCCUACUACUGUAGGUGACAGACUGUCCACAACAGGGACAUCCACAGAGACAGGUGGUGACCACCUACAUCCUGAAUCGAGAGGAGAAUAUGUUGCUCUUGAUAGAAAUCUUGACCAGCCUUCAAACAGUUAUGAACAUCUGAGACUAUAUGAACAAAUUGCCAACAUAUGAACUACUGGUAUUCUGCAAAGAAACGGCAGUCUAGUUUUACACUGUUUUACAACACAAGUUAUGUGACCAAGACCCU